AGUAACCAUAACAACUACACUAUUGUCUUCAUCUGAUUAACAAACGCACACACUUGUUUAUAAAUCUAUAACAAUAUCCAGAGAUUCCUACAAGUCUAGCAAAUACUUGUACUUUAAGCUUGACCUGUCCAAUGGCAAAUUACGAUUAUGUGAUCGAUUGUCUUCCACUCUAUAAGGCAGCAAUAGAAGGUGACUGGGAAACUGCAAAGCGCAUCUUUGAGGAAGAAAAUCGUGAUAUUAACGGGUCUAUCUCAUAUUUUUCUGAGACUGCUCUACAUGUAGCGGUGGGAACAAACAGUUCCCACCGCUUUGUAGAGAAAUUAGUAGAGAUGAUUAUGGAGGUAGGAACUCGGCAAAUGCUGAGGACAUGUAACUGUUAUGGAACUAGUAUAAUCCAUUAUGCUGCUAAGGUAGGAAAUACACGAGCUCUAAGAGUUUUGGUUGAUAAAGACCCGGAAAUUGUUCAGUUUAAGGAGGCCGCUAGCUACACUGCCUUAAAGCUGGCAGCAUUGCGCGGUCAUAGAGAGACAUUGUGUUAUUUACUGGAGGUGACAGAAGAUGUUUAUACCGAUCCACAAAUUAGUCCUUUUUAUGGAUAUAAUGGUGCUGAUCUUCUCUGCCACACUAUCACAGCUGGUUUGUAUGAUGUGGCUCUAUAUCUAGUAAAAAUGUACCCAGACCUGGUGACGGAGGUAAACAUCAGUUCAAAGACUGGAUUUCAAACACUAGCAGCAAAACCUAAUGCUUUCCAAAGUGGAAGUAAGCUUGGGUUUUGGCAACAACUCAUCUAUUCAUUGAUUCCUGUUGAUCGGGAGAAGGCUUUGAAGGCCCCUAUUGUGAGACCAACACAGGUGGGCACAAUGCAAAACCAAACUUCAAAAGCAAGCGAUUGUUUGAAUGUUUCCUUAUGGAGUGUGCUUCAAUUCUUUGCACCACACAUCAAGAAGCUACAUGACACCAAAGUGGAGCACAUACAAGCAGAAGAACUUGUAAAACAAAUGUGUGCAACUGUUAUUAACAAGCGUAGCCAUGCCAUUGCUUGGGAUGUAUUGGGAUCCGCAUUAGCGAUAGCAGCAACACACGGCAUUUAUGAGCUUAUAGAAGAGUGCAUCCAUCACUAUCCAGGCCUCAUCUAUUACAAUGAAGGAGGAUUCUUUUUGUUCCUAGUUGCAAUCACAGAACGUCAGGAGAAAGUGUACAGUUUUCUGUAUCAAAUAUCAGGGCAUAAGGUGUUUUUAGGAAUAGAUAGGAUCAAUGGAGAUAAUGCAUUACAUUUAGCUGGAAAGUUAGCCCCUUCGCAUCGCCUCAAUAAGGUCACUGGUGCAGCUUUGCAAAUGCAGCGUGAGCUUCAAUGGUUCAAGGAAGUUGAAAAGUUUGUGGAACCUUCAUACAAAGAAGCCUUAAACAAUGACUACAAGACGCCAAGAAUGGUGUUCACUAGUGAACACACGAAGCUACUCAAAGAAGCACAGCUAUGGGUGAAGGAUACGUCAUCCUCAGCCACUGUUGUAGCAGCUCUUCUUGUUACCAUGGCAUUUGCAGCCAUAUUUACUGCACCAGGAGGGAACAAUGACGGUGGAAAACCAUUGUUCCUGAACGAAUCAGUCUUUAUGCUUUUCGCCAUAUCAGACGCAAUAGCACUAUUCUCUUCCUCAACCUCAGUGUUAGUGUUCUUAUCUGUACUGAAUUCGCGUUUUGCUGAAGAGGAUUUUUUGUAUGCUUUGCCGAAGAGAUUGACAAUUGGACUCAUCUCACUAUUCAUAUCGCUAGCAUCUACAAUGGUUGCAUUCAGUGCUACCCUUGCGCUUGUGCUACGUGAUAAAAUUCAGUGGAUUGCUGCUCCGGUCACUAUAUUAGCUGCAGUUCCAGUGACAUUAUUUUUGUUGCUGCAAUAUCCUCUGCUGGUAGAACUCGUUCGCUCCACAUAUGGAAGAGGCAUUUUCUACAAGCAGAGCAAUUUGUUGCUUCAUUAGAUUCAGUUAUCGUGAUGUAUUCUUGAAAAAUCUGUGAUUAUUAAGGUUCCAUGUGUACCGAAUAUGUGUGUAUUUUCCAUUUAUAUGUUCUCUUGAAAAAUGCACUUCUGAAGUUACUUCUAUUUGCAUAUUUCAUCGGCAUUUAUUUAUGUCUGUUUUCUUUGUGGUUUCAAUAUGGAGUUUGUGAGUUCCGUAGGAUGGGC